CCGCUGGCAACCCCAGGCCUGGCCACACCGCGGCCCACCGGCCACCGUGCCACCGCCGCCACCAUGUCCCCACUGCUGCUGCUGCCACUGCUGCUGCUGGGCCUGGGGGUCCCCGGGCGGGCGUCCCCCGGUGCCCCCGGGCCCGUGUCGGCGCUGCGGGCGCUGGUGUCGUCGGGCAACGGGUCCCUGGCCCGCGGCACGGUCGCAUCCCUCGUGGGCAUCGCGGCGCGGCGUGCGCAGUGCCGGGUGCCGUGUGGAGCGUGUGUGUCCGCGGACGCGGUGCUGGCGCUGGCCGGGGGGCCGGCGGCGCUGGAGCCCCCGCAGCUGCCCUGGCUGGCGGCCGUUGUCAUCGUCACCCUGCGCGACCCCCCCGGGGGCUGCGGGGACCCCUGGGCCGCCCGCGUCCGCGCGCUGCACCGCGACUUCACCGGCGGCCACGGCGAGCGCGGCCUGCGCCGGCUCAUGGCGGACGUGGGGCGCGGCCUCGGCGCGGGGGACGGCGCACAGGGCUGUGUGGACGCGCCGGGGGUGCUGGCGGCGGGCGACGCGGUGUCCCCGCGGGUUGGGGACCGCGGGGCGCGGGUGCUGGUGGCCCUGGCCACCCUGGUGCUGAGCGGGCGCUGCCUGUGGACCCCCCCGCCCCCCCCCGGCUUCUUCCUGGACUACGUGUUCAGCCGCUAUGGGGACAACCGGGGGAUCCCCCCCCAGGGGCUGAGCGCCCUGAUGGAGCAGCUGGGACUGGGACCCCCCGGGGACACCCCCGGGGACACCCCUGGGGACAGGGACAGCAGCAGCGCCCCCCCCGCGCUGCCCCACGGCCAGAGCCAGCGCUGGGACACCCUGUGCCUGCCCCCCCCCGAGCUGCUGCGGGCGCUGGGGGUGCCCGCGGGGGUCCCACUGUCCCGGGGGGAUUUCCUGCGCCUGGGACCCGCGCUCCUGCAGCAGCAGCUCAGCGGGGCCUGCGCGCCCCCCCCGGGACCGCACCCCCCCACCGGCCCCCCCACCGGCCCCCCCGGCGCCCCCCGCCUGGCGCCCGCAGGAAGGGACACGGUCACGGCCACGGUCACGGUCACGGCCACGGCCACGGUCACGGGCUCGGGCAGCACCAGCACCACGGACAGCGACGGGCUGAGCACCGCCCAGAGGUACCUGGUGGGCACGGCGGCGGGUCUGUCCCUGUGCCUGUGCCCGGUGCUGGCGCUGGCCCUGCUGCGCUGUCCCCCGUGUCACCGUGCCCAGCGCUGGCUGUCCCCGCUGCUGCUGGGGCUGGCGGCCGGCGCGCUGAGCGGGGACGCGCUGCUGCACCUGCUGCCACAGGUGCUGGGGCUGCACGAGCACAGCGCGGGGGAGCACGCGGACGCGGGGGUGGCCCCCACGCACGAGGAGGGGGGGGAGGAGCCCCCCUGGCGGCUCGUGGCCGUGUUGGGGGGGCUCUUCGCCUUCUUCCUGCUGGAGAAGAUCGUGGGCAUCCUGCUGCCCGCGGGGGGGGCGGGGGGGGCGCACUGUGAUCACGCCGUGGGGCUGCAGCGCCGCCAGGAGGCGCCAGAACCGCAACCGGGGGACCCCGAGCAGGUAAAGGUAGAAGACACCACCCCCACGCAGAGCACGCAGGAGCUGCAGACAAGCGGGCCCCGCGCGCUGCCCGCGCUGGUGACGCUGGGGCGCGGCGCGCACGCGCUGGCGGACGGGCUGGCCCUGGGCGCCGCCGGCAGCGCCUCCUGGCGGAGCGGAGUGGCCACCGCGCUCGGGCUGCUGUGCCACGAGCUGCCCGCCGCGCUGGGGCUGGUGUCGGUGCUGCUGCAGCUGGGGCUGGGGACGCGGCGGGCGCUGGCGCUGGCGCUGGCCGGCUCGGUGCCGGUGCUGCCGGGGCUGUUUGCCGGGCUGGCCCUGGGCAGCGGCGCCGCCGGCCCGUGGAUCGGGGCUGUGGCCACCGGGCUGCUGCUGCACCUGGCGCUGGGGGACAUGGUGCCGGCCAUGCUCUCGUCCCGCUCGCCCCGCCCCUGGGCGGUGCUGGCGCUGCAGAGCGCGGGGCUGCUGGUCGGGUGGGCGCUGCUGCUGCUGCUGGCGCUGUACGAGGACAACAUCCGACUCUGAGCGCCUGGCCACGCCCCUGGCCACGCCCCCCGCCAUGGACACGCCCACCCGGCGCGGACACGCCCAUCACAGACGGACACGCCCAUCAGAGACGGACACGCCCAUCGUACACGGACACGCCCAUCGGACACGGACACGCCCCCCGCCGCGGAUGCGCUCAUCACUCGCGGCCACGCCCCCUCGCCGCGGCCACGCCCCUCAUUCGCGGCCACGCCCAUCACUCACGGACACGCCCACCACGCCCCGAGUGCAGGCCCCGCCCCUCGGUUCUGCGCGGGGGGGGUGGGGGGAGGCGGGAGCGGCCGGAAUAAAAGUGUUGAAUUGGU